AUGUACAUUCAGAUUUUCUUUGACAUUCUCGUACCAGACGGAGAGACUCCAGAUAAAUGCAAAGAAAAGCAUGAUAUUGCAUUGAAAGAUGAUCCAAAACUGCUAAAGCAAAUAUGUCUUGUCGAUGUUGAGACAGAACUAGAUCCAGAAUGCAUUACAAUCAUAUUUGGGUUUAACAAUUCAGACUAUAAUUGGCAUUUUAUUAUGGAAAGAGCCUAUCACCUUAACAUACUCAAAUGGAUGUGGGAACAAAUGAUAGGAAAGUUUGAAACAAAGGAAGAAAUUAUAAAAUCGAAAUAUUGUGAAAAGAUAGGAAAAAGUGAAGAGGAUCCAGAGGAGAAAGAAUAUAUGGGUGGUCUAAUUAAGAUCAAAAAUAAUGUAGAAGAUGAUUUUACUUCUAGCUUCCUUAAACUGUCAGUUGAAAAGAAAGGUUCACUUAAAUUUUUCUUACAAAAGUGUGGUCUUGAUAGUAAGGCUGACAUGCCAUAUGAUAAUAUAUGA